GUUCUGCGGCUGCAUUGACUCUGCGGGUUAAAAUAUUUAAAGUUUUAUGGAUAAAUCUUUGAUCCUCCGGUUAUUAACCUCUAAUGAGGCGAUAGUGAAGCUAAAGUUCAGCCUCUGAUGAACCGAAGCAGAGUCGGUGUUGGUUUGUGGAGGUGAACGGUGGGGAGCUGCUGGCCACUGAAGGGAAGUAACGGUAGUUUGCGGCCAGAGGCAGCAUCGCCUCUCCGGGCUGCUUUACUUCCAGGGAUCCGCUCCGUCCAUCCGGUCCCAGAGCCAGAAGCCAGGAGCCGCUCACCGGGUUAAUAACCACCGCACUGAGGCGGACAGACAGCAGCAGAACCAGGUUCUGGAAGGAGGAUGAGGAGCGUCCCUCCUCUGCAGGACGCCUCACUGUGAUAGACCCCAGAACCGGAACCGGAACCGGAACCAGAACCAGAACCAGGAGCAGAACCAGGAGCAGCCAUGGAGGAGGAUGAGGAGGAGGUGAGCAGCAUGGAGUCCCUGCUGGAGCUGCUUCUACAGAAGGACCUGGGCAGGAGGCUGCAGGUGGGUCAGGAGAUCAGCCAGCUGGUCCUCAGCCAGGAGCGCUGUCCUGGACUGGACCAGGACCAGAACCAGAACCUGCUGGACAGGAUGGUGGACGUCCUGGCCGGCUCCUGGGUCAACUCCAGCAACUACAAGGUGGUUCUGUUAGGCAUGGAGGUUCUGUCAGCUCUGGUGGACCGGCUGCAGGAGAGGUUCAGGACGCAGGUGGGAACAGUCCUGCCGAGUCUGAUGGAUCGACUGGGAGACUCCAAGGACCAGGUCCGAGAGCAGGACCAGGCGCUGCUGCUGAAGAUCAUGGACCAGUCAGCUAACCCACAGUAUGUGUGGGAGCGCAUGAUGGGAGGAUUCAAACACAAGAACGUCCGGACCAGAGAGGGACUCUGCCUCUGCCUCAUCUCCACCCUCAACGUGUUCGGCUCCCAGAGUCUGACGCUGAAUAAGAUCGUUCCUCACAUCUGCAACCUGCUUGGAGACCCAACCAGCCAGGUCCGUGACGCCGCCAUGUCCUGCCUGGUGGAGAUCUACCGCCAUGUUGGAGAGCGAGUGAGGAUCGACCUGGGAAAGAAGGGGCUGCCUCAGUCACGGCUCAACAUGAUCUUCAGCAAGUUCGACGAGGUCCAGAGGUCCGGGAACAUGGUUCUGUCUCCUCUGUCAGGUGAGAGCUGCUGCAGGGUUCUGAUUGGACGAGGUUCUGGAGUUUCAGCUACGCCUGGAACAGGAAGUCAGAGCAGCACAAACAGGAAGUCAGAGCAGCUACAGAUAAGACACAGGAAGACAGGAAAUAGCAGCCGGGCUUUUAUUUUGAAGGAGUGUCAGCUGCUGUCCUCCCAGUCACAGGACAGAGGAGGAGGAGGAGGAGGACGCAGCGUCUGCUCCGCGGGGACAGAACCGGUCCGCCAGGUAAACCGUCCCUGUUUCAUCUGCCGCCAUCAGAACAUUCAGAACCGGAGCGAGCCGAGUUCCUGCAGAACCGAGAGCUGGAGCGAUGCCAGGGGUUCUGGUCCGGUUGGGCCCGGUUCUUCUGGCUGCGCCUCAUCUCUGACUGCUCCUCAUCUCUGGCUGCUCCUCCUGCAGAUCUACUCCAACCGCGAGGUAGAGGAGGCCAUGACCAAGAUCAGAGACGUGCUGUCGGACGAUAAGAAGGACUGGGAGCUGAGAGUCGCCGCCCUGAAGAAGCUGCGCUCCCUCCUGCUGGCCGGAGCCACCGAGUUCGACUGCUUCCCGCAGCAGCUGCGUCUCCUGGAGGCGUCCUUCAAGCUGUCGGCCAAAGACCUGCGCUCGCAGGUGGUCAGGGAGGCCUGCAUCACGCUGGGGCAUCUGUCCUCGGUGCUGGGCAGCCGCUUCGACCACGCCGCCGAGGCCAUCAUGCCCUCCCUGCUCAGCCUGGUGCCCAACAGUGCCAAAGUCAUGGCCACGUCCGGCGUGGCCGCCAUCCGCCUCAUCCUCAGACAAACUCACUGUCCUCGUCUGAUCCCCGUCAUCAGCGGCAGCUGCUCCUCCAAGUCUGUGGCCGUCAGGAGAUUCAGGCUGAACUGGUUUCUGUGGAUUAAAAACCGUUUGGUGGAAACUUCUCUGUCUUCCUCAGCCAAAGCCGGCGCCUCCCGCAGACCUGCGGCCGCCUCCUCUCCGGGGUCUCUGCAGCGAUCUCGCAGCGACGUGGACGUCAACGCUGCCGCCUGCGCCCGCACCAGGAUGCCCGCCGUCUCCUCCACGGUGCCGUCUCCCUUCAGCGCCGCCUCGGCGCUUCCUCCGGGAUCCUACGCCUCCCUGGGCCGAGUGAGAACCAGGAGGACGAGCUCCGGAACCGGUCCGACUGUGACAGACAGCCGUGGGCGGAGUCGGGGGAAAGUCGUCUCUCAGUCGCAGCCCGGCAGCCGCUCGGGUUCUCCGGGCCGCCUGCUGAGCGCCACCUACGGCCGGAUGGUCAGGACGUCCACGGGGGGCGGCAGCAGCAGCGCCUCAUGCAGUCUGAGCGAGAAGAACCGACCUCGAGGUCACCGCAGUCAGGGCUGCAGCCGAGAGACGAGUCCCAGCAGAUCAGGAGCCGCCCGGAGCCGGAUCCCUCGGCCCAGCAUGAGUCAGGGCUGCAGCCGGGAAACGAGUCGCGAGAGCAGCCGCGACACCAGCCCCUCCAGGGGUUUCUCCCCCCUGGUGAGCCGUCCUCAUUCCCGUUCCACCGGCGCCCUGUCCUCAGCAGAGGGCUGCUCAGACCGGCUGUCCCAUCAGGCGCGAAUCUCCGCCUCCGUCAACGCCAUGAGGAUCCUGAACACCGGCACCGAGGUGGAGGCGGCCGUGGCCGACGCUCUGCUGUUAGGAGACUCCAGGAGUAAGCGGCGGCCCGUGAGGCGGCGCUUCGAGUCGCCCGGCAUGUACUCGGACGACGACGCCAACAGCGACGCCUCCAGCGCCUGCUCGGAGCGCUCCUUCAGCUCCAGGAACGGCGGGGCGGGGCCCCACUUCCUGCGUCAGACGGAGGACGUGGCCGAGGUGCUGAACCACUGCGCCAGCUCCAACUGGUCUGAGAGGAAGGAGGGUCUGCUGGGCCUGCAGAACCUGCUGAAGAGCCAGAGGAUGCUGAGCCGCGUGGAGCUGAAGAGGCUGUGUGAGAUCUUCACCAGGAUGUUUGCAGACCCCCACAGUAAGAGAGUGUUCAGCAUGUUCCUGGAGACUCUGGUGGACUUCAUCGUCUUGCACCGGGACGAUCUGCAGGACUGGCUCUUCGUGCUUCUCACACAGCUGCUGAAGAAGAUGGGCGCAGACUUGCUGGGCUCGGUCCAAGCCAAGGUCCAGAAGGCUCUGGAUGUCACCAGAGAAUCGUUCCCCUUCGAGCAGCAGUUCAACAUCCUGAUGCGUUUCAUCGUGGACCAGACCCAGACCCCCAACCUGAAGGUCAAGGUGGCCAUCCUGCGUUACAUCGAGGCUCUGGCCCGGCAGAUGGACCCGGCCGACUUUGUCAACUCCAGCGAGACCCGCCUGGCGGUCUCACGCAUCAUCACCUGGACCACCGAGCCCAAGAGCUCCGACGUGCGUAAGGCGGCCCAGGUGGUUCUGAUCGCCCUGUUUGAGCUCAACACCCCGGAGUUCACCAUGCUGCUGGGAGCGCUGCCCAAAACCUUCCAGGACGGGACCACCAAGCUGCUGCACCACCACCUGAGGAGCGCCAGCGUCGCCAUGGCGGCUCCGGUCCAGCCGGCGGGUCGGACGCCUCCUCGCCACCCGGGCCGCAGCAGCCCCAUGGACUCCCCCACCAACCACGGCCUCUCCCCCAGCGCCUUGGAGUUCGACAGCGAGAACCUGAACUCUGAGGAGAUCUACAGCUCGCUGCGCGGCGUGACCGAGGCCAUCCAGAGCUUCAGCUUCCGCAGCCAGGAGGACCCGGCGGAGCCGCCCAGGCGGGACGGGAAGCGGGACUUCAUGACCGGCGUGGCGGCGUUCUGCGGCGACCCGGCAGAGGGCGGCCGAACGGCUCUGGACAACAAGACGUCGCUGCUCAACACCCCGUCGCCACGCUCCUUUUCCGGGCCACGGUUCCGGGAGUACAACCCGUACAACUACACAGACAGCUCUCCGGAUAAAUCCCCCGCCACGGAGGACGGCGCCGACCCGGGGAGAGAUGGCCGGCGGCAGGACUGCGGAGAAAACAAGGCGGUGAAUGCCAAAGGUUUCCCUGCGGCGCCCGCCGAGCAGCUGGAGCUGGUGGGGGAGCUGCUGAAGGAGCUGUCCCAGGGCGGCGCCGGGGAGCAGGGCCCCGAGGACAGACGGGGGACGCUGCUGGAGCUGCUGAAGGCGGCGCGCGAGGACAGCCUGGUGGUGUGGGAGGAGCACUUCAAGAGUAUGCUGCUGCUGCUGCUGGAGACGCUGGGCGACAAAGACCACUCGGUCCGCGCGCUGGCCUUACGCGUCCUCAGGGAGAUCCUGCGGAACCAGCCGGCCCGCUUCAAGAACUACGCCGAGCUGACCAUCAUGAAGACGCUGGAGGCUCACAAGGAUUCCCACAAGGAGGUGGUGCGGGCGGCCGAGGAGGCGGCGUCCACGCUGGCCGGCUCCAUCUACCCGGAGCAGUGCAUCAAGGUCCUCUGUCCCAUCGUCCAGACCACCGACUACCCCAUCAACCUGGCGGCCAUCAAGAUGCAGACGCGCGCCAUCGAGCGCGUCUCCAGGGAGCCGCUGCACCAGCUGCUGCCGGACGUCAUCCCGGGUCUGCUGCAGGGCUACGACAACACGGAGAGCAGCGUGAGGAAGGCCAGCGUCUUCUGCCUGGUGGCCAUCUACGCCGUCAUCGGGGAGGAGCUCAAGCCUUACCUGUCCCAGCUGACCGGCAGCAAGAUGAAGCUGCUGAACCUCUACAUCAAACGGGCUCAGACCUCCACCAGCAACAGCAGCAGCUCCUCGGACAUCUCCUCCUACUGAGCCCAGCCCGGUCCGGCCCGGUCCGGCCCGCUCCGGUCCGGCCCG